GUCCAAAAUCAGGAUCUAACAUCACCAAUGUCAGAUCACUCAGCCGACAUGAUGGCUACUGUAGCUGUCCAGACCACCGUAGCGCCCGCAGUUGCCCGGCUCAGGGCUGUCCCCAAAUUCGACCCGGUCCGGCACUUGGCGCGAGCGUUUCCGGAGAAGAAUGUGUCGAUGCAGGAACUUGGCUUUGCGGAAGACGUUGGCGUGUCGCCCGUCGCCGUGUCGGGUCCCUUCCAGCUCUUCACCUCGGAGGCAGUCAACAUCAUGCGCGACGAGAUCUUCUGCGUCCCGGACAAGUACAAGUUCAGCAGCAACAUCGCCAAAUCGCAACUCCGAGGCUACGCAAAAGACUGCGCCCCGUUCACGUGGGAUGCUUGGAACCACCCUGAGACCAUUGCACUCAUCUCAGAGAUUGCCGAAGUCGAGCUUGUGCCUGCAAUGCCUUAUGAGAUCGCACACAUCAACCUCUCGUCCAAGUCUAAGGAAGACGCCCAGCAAGAGUUGGCAAAGUACCAGGAGCACCAGCGUCGCUACCAAGAAGACGAAGGAAUCGGUGGUUGUCGAGAAGUAGUUGAGACGCCGAUUGUUGGCUGGCACACCGACAGCUAUCCUUUCGUGUGCGUGCUGAUGAUGAGCGACGUCCGUGGCAUGGUCGGGGGCGAGACAGCUAUACGCAUGGUCAAUGGAAAGGUACUCAAGAUGCGAGGUCCAUCACAGGGCUGUGCGGUCAUCAUGCAAGGACGAUACAUCACUCACCAAGCUAUGCGCGCCCUCGGAGCACAAGAGCGCAUCACUUCUGUCACGAGCUUUCGUCCCAAGUCUGCUCUCCUGAAGGACGACACCGAAUUGCGAACUGUGCGUGGGGUCUCCGACCUCAACGAGCUAUACUACGACUUCGCUGAGUAUCGCCUGAAGCUCUUGGAAGAGCAGAUCCAGCACGAGCGUGAGCGAGUUCAGGCUGCUCGCAAGGCUGGCGGGGAGUUUGCAACCGCUCAGCACAAGCAGUUCCUCGGAAAUGUGACUGCCUUCUCACAGCAGUCAUCCCAUGAGCUCGUCGACCAGUGCGAGGUCCAGAAAGGAUACAUCGAGAAAGUCGACUUCCCAGAUGCUGCUAUUGACAUCUAGAGGAACGCGACGGGAACGACAACACUGGCUAGGAACAACGAAGUAUAGGAGUAUUUACGAGACGUUGAGUUGCAUCUCCACGGCUCGGUGUUGUUCAUACUUUUAUGGUUCUUGUACUUGAUAUCUGUCAAAACUGAGGGUCCCUUGGAAGGCCUCCUUCGGGAGGCAUGCGCGCUUCCAUUGUUGGCGUUUCGGAUAUACCUUGGGUUUGCAAUGUCUUCUCGAGCACGGGCUUGGGUUUCAUGGAGGCGGUACUCUGGCUGUUGGGAACAGCUCAUGGGAGCACGAGAUGGUUCAAGGACCCGAUCGUAGGAGUGUACAAAGACUGGGCU